CCGGCCCCGCCCACGGGGCUGCGCGCCGCCGUGGAUGAGAGUGUCGGUGCGAGCGAGGAGGUGCCCGAGCCCGGCGCGGAGCCAUGGCCGCCGUGGUGGCCAAGCGCGAGGGGCCGCAGUUCAUCAGCGAGGCGGCGGUGCGGGGCAACGCGGCCAUCCUGGACUAUUGCCGCACCUCGGUGUCCGCCCUGUCGGGCGCCACCGCCGGCAUCCUCGGCCUCACCGGCCUGCACGGCUUCAUCUUCUACCUGCUGGCCUCCGUGCUGCUCUCCGUGCUGCUGGUGCUGAAGGCCGGGCGGCGGUGGAACAAGUACUUCAAGUCGCGGAGGCCGCUGUUCACCGGCGGGCUCGUGGGAGGGCUCUUCACCUACGUGCUGUUCUGGACUUUCCUCUACGGAAUGGUUCACGUGUACUGAGCCGCUCCCCGAGCUGCGGGACUGCUGCCAGAAGUCACUGCGCAAUAGGCCGGCUCACUUCCCAAGCUGUCGUCCGUGGCUCGUGUCGUUAAUGCUGUUGGUAAAUUAUGUCCGAGUACGAAUUAAUCAGUAGCACUGUUCUAAUUAAACUGAAUGUGAAGCACCGUU